UUCAAAACCAAGUUCAAAUAUCUCCUCCUCCAGAGAAUCCUCCUGACAGCUAGAAGCCUGUAUGCUCUCCUGAAAGCCUUUCUGAAUCCUCAGAUUCAGGCCAAAUGACUUGGAAAAGAAAACUACAUGGGUGCUGUGUCCCUCUUGAAACUGGGUCAUUUGUUCUGUGGAAUGUCCCAUCUGGAUUUGGCUGACAACAUCCUUGUGAUAUCCCUGAAGAUAUCCCUUGAUCCUUCAUAUUUGAGUGCUGACCACGCUACCUUGAACGGGAUUGUAUUAUUACAGGUAUCAGCGUCAUUUGAGGAUAAGACUGUGGACUUCAGCAGGGAGGAGUGGCAGCACUUGGACCCUGCUCAGAGAUGCCUGUACUGGGAUGUGAUACUAGAGAACUACAGCCACCUGCUCUCAGUGGGUGAGAAAUUCUCAUACAGGUGAGAAAUUUUGGAUGAAGAAUGUGUCCAUUAUAGGACACUAGGAGGAUAGCCUAUGUAUGCACCGAAUGUGG